AUGCUGCCCACAGUGCAGAAGGUCCGCAUUUUCUGUGCUGAUCCUGAUGCUACAGACUCAUCUGAUGAUGAAGAUGAUAAGAACAUCGCAGAAAAGAAAAUGGUCAGGGAGGUACUGGUUCCAGUGGCGAACUCGAAGACCUCAAAUAGUCUGAAGACCCUUGUGCCGUGUGGAACAAAGGAUCUGGAGGUUUCAGAGAAGAAGGGGAAAUCAAGCAGGUUCCGUGGUGUGCGCAAGCGACCCUGGGGUCGAUGGGCAGCUGAGAUUCGUGAUCCUGUGAGAAAAACCCGUAAGUGGAUUGGCUCUUAUGACUCUGAGGAGGCUGCUGCUGCGGCAUAUCAGGCAUAUGCAAACCAGAUCAGAGAUGAGUUCGUCCUCGGUUUCCUGCGUAUCUUCAUCUGCCCGUGUGAGCAGACAGCGCAUGAACCGCAGAAUAUAGUGCUCGUGGAGAAAGAUCCUGAACCUGUAGAUGAAGUCUUUCUGAACUUCUCCCCCACACCUAAGGAGAUUUCAAUGGACGAUUUGCUCGGACGGAUAGAUGAGAUUCCUGUCUGUGACUCUGUCAGGCCAGCUGAUGAACUUCCACUUGACAAUUUCACGAGGCUGGAAGAUGCAUUCCCUAUCAGUGAUUUUAUCGGUUCAAGAGAUGAGCAUCCGUAUGAUCACUAUAUUGGUCUGGCAGACAUUAGCCACCUGCCUCUUCCAAUGAAUGACCCAGCUUUCAAUCUGGAUGCAGAGCUUGAUUGGAGUGUGUUCGACUUUGCUGCAAUUGAACGUGAACUUGAUGUCCUUUGA